UGGGCUCUAUAUUGGGGCUGGAUGCAGCCGAAUCGAUCGGGCUGAUAACGAGAGAGCUAUAAAAGGCCGGGGGGCUGGCCCGACGUACAGUCCUGAGGUACAGCGCAGCCAGCGCACGCAGCGCACGGCCGUCUCUCCGCUCCCCUCCGCGCCCCUCCGCGCCAUGGAGCCGCGCCCGGCCGCCCUGGCGCUGCUCAGUCUCGCCGCCGCCGUCUCGCUGCCUCUGCCCGACGCCGGUCCUCACGUUAACUAUGGCUGGGGGGAACCGAUCCGGCUGCGGCACCUCUACACCGCCAGCAAACACGGGCUCUUCAGCUGCUUCCUCCGCAUCGGCGGAGACGGCCGGGUGGAUGCCGCCGGUAGCCAGAGCCCGCAGAGUUUGCUGGAGAUCCGCGCCGUGGCCAUGCGCACCGUGGCCAUCAAGGGCGUGCGGAGCUCCCGGUACCUCUGCAUGGACGAGGCGGGACGGCUGCACGGGCAGCUCAGGUAUUCCACUGAGGAUUGUUCCUUCGAAGAAGAGAUUCGUCCGGACGGCUACAACGUAUAUAAAUCAAAGAAGUAUGGAAUAUCAGUGUCUUUGAGCAGCGCCAAGCAAAGACAACAAUACAAAGGCAAAGAUUUUCUUCCGCUAUCUCACUUCUUACCAAUGAUCAACACAGUGCCUGUCGAGUCCACAGACUUUGGUGAAUACAGUGAUUACAGCCAGGCGUUGGAACCAGAGGUGUACUCCUCGCCCCUCGAAACAGACAGCAUGGACCCCUUCGGCAUCACCUCCAAACUAUCGCCAGUGAAGAGCCCCAGCUUUCAGAAAUGACUCUGAUCACACGCACACACGUGUUUUUAAAGAAAACCUGCAGAAUACCGCAGAUUUUUAGUUGUUCAUGUAGGGAUAUUUUUGAACUUUUUUGUAUAGUUCAGUAUGGAGCCAGCCUUUCCCUUGCGAUGUGUUGGAAGAGGUGAGUGCCCAGAGGCUACUUUAUAGUCUGAAGAAUUGCCUACCCAUAGUUUUAUUUGGAAAAGAAGGAUUAAAUAAGAAAAAACUUAGCAGCUUCAUCAGAGUUCCUCCAUUACCAUGAUGAUGAGAAAAUAAUCACAAUUUUUCUACAUCAACUUCAUUACCAUGUAUGUUCACCUGCCAUUUCUGCUCAUAGAAGCAAAUGCAGAAAGACUUUUUCCCAGUCACAGGGAGGUUAAUGAUCUCUUCAGAAGCCUUAAAGACAAACAUUUGGAACAAAACACAGUGAAGGAAAACCUAGCAGAUGUGGUUACUCAAACUAGAGUUAACGCUGCUUCUUGAAAACCUGCUGACAACGUUCUGGGAAAACUUCCUAUUGAAAGCAUACCACUGAAAAAACAAUUCUGCUUGUAUAUUGUGCUUUUUCCUCCCUUAGGAAAUAAGGAAAGAAAGGGAAACAUUUCUUCCUUCCCUUAUUGCUAAAGGGUACUUUGGAAAACCGGAUCUUUGAUUUCUUUUAUAGGCUGAUUUGUGUUCACUGUGGGAUCAGCAUAAUCCAGCAGGGAGUUCUCAUUGACAGUGAGAACUCAGUGUGUGGUUGGAAGAGUGCACAGAACUAGCAUUUAGCAGAUCAAAUUAAUGUUGAAAUUAAGGUUCUGUUGUAUAUAAGCAUGCGUGUCACUAGCAAACAGAGAGAAAAACUGAAAAUGGAUCAUGUAUAGGUCAAAUCAGUUGUAAAAUAGGUUUUCUGUUUAACCUUCAACCAUCAGCAAUUCUUUCAGGUCCCUCCCAGGCUUGAUUCUGCAUCAGUGGGAAUCAGGGAAGAGACAGUUCAGUGACUUAAAUGUCACAGAAUUGGGCCAGUCACACUGUUCUUCUUGCAGGAAGGGAUUACGAGUACCUCGUGGCCAAAUGCCUGAUGUCUUCAGUUCUGUAAAAAUUGGAUGAAGGAAUAACCAAGGUGAAACUAAAGCAAAAAAGGAGCAACUCAAGCAAAGGGUUUGAGGAUUCUACUAGUUUCCAAAGAUUCAUUUAUAAUAGAGAUUUCUAUAACAAAAAAACUCUACUGGAAAUACUGGUGUUCUUCUGACCUAGCACUUCAUAUUUAUAAUUAAUUUAUUAAAUACAUACAUCUGUUUAUUUUGUUACUGUUAUUUAUGCUCAAAAUUCUAUUUAUAUACUCCUGAAGGUGGGUUUUUUAGUUGUAACAAAUUUUGUGAAGUUUUGUAAUCAUGAAAUUUUAGCAAACGAUAGCUUUUAAAAAAUUCUGUGCAUUAUCAGUAGUGUAAUGUGUACAUUUGCAAUAAAAAAAAAUCAUCUUCAACACCGAAA